GACACGGGGAUUUUGCAAAAUCGCAUUGCAACGCCGCGAGAAAGGGUGUUUUAAUAAGCCCGUAAUGUGUCCCUGCAUAAAGCAGGCUUCUUUGAGCUCUGGCUGAUAACAUGACAUAAACCCACGGGGUUGUGGAAUCAUGUACCUAAACUGAGCAUUUCUAGGGAGCCUGCAGAGGGCUCUGGCUGCUUGCUUUUCAGUUGAGGAGGAUGCUAUCUUUUACCCUCCUUUUUGCCGGCUGUAUCCGGGGUUGAGCUUCCUGGGUCAGAAAGCAGCAGCUGCUGCUGAAUCCAUAGUGACCUGGGCGUCCACCCCUCCCCCCAGAGCAGCGGAAGCUGCCUGUCGCCGCGGGACGCCCCUGUAGCCCAGGUAUCCCCUGUGCCCGAUGAAGGCUGGAAGCACCAGCAAUACCCUGCCCCAGGGGAGGCGGUGGUGGCAAUCCCGGGCUGUCUAGCCAUUAACCCCUGAACUGCUGGAAACUGCAGUGGAUUUGCAAGAGAAGGGUAAAUAAGAAAGCCAGAAAGCCCAGGAUCUCUGGAGAGACUCCAAAGGGCAAGAGCAGAAUCCGCAGGAGGAAGGGAUGGAUGGACUAAGGCUGCAGUCCUUUGCCCGCUUAACUUAAGAUCCUAUCAUGUAGUUCAGCGUGGAGGACGGUUGUCGUUUCAGUGGGUGGCGACCUUUACUGAAGCACCCGAUGACUGACAUCAUGCAGGAAAACUACGAGAACGUGAUCUCGCUGGCGGAGGAGAUUGCAAUCAGUUGGCCUCGGAUAACGGCUUUUGCUGAGUCGCAUAGAAGGAGAGGACUGGUGUCUGAUAUGGAAUCUGAACAGGGCCAAGCAGAACAGGCCCAGAUGCAGGAUUCAACAGCAGCCAGCUCCAGUGAAGAUGGGAUGAACGCUGACCUUCGUCGACAGCUGGGCCUCAUCCUGCAGACUGCUGGCAGGAGCCAGGUAGAGAAGAUGCUGCGGGAGCUGGUGAAAGAGCAGAGCCAGGAAGGGAAGCGCAGGGCACGGAAGAAGGCCCCAAGGAGUCCCAAGGAUGAAGCUGCUGAGGGGAACGAAGAGGAUCCACUUCCAGAGGAGGACAACUUGAAGAAGAUAGAGCCACCAAGUUCCCCUUCGGGGAGAUCUAACAACCCAUAUGGUGGGGAAACCAGCAGCAGUCAGUGCCAGCUGGACCCAGAGGAGGAACAGUUGCCACGAGUGCCAGCGAUACAUCAGCGGGAGGGGAAGACUUCCAAGAAGCUCAAAGACAGGCAGGCGGCCUUGGUGGUAGCAGAAAGGUCAGGAGUAUGCCUUGAAUGUGGGAAGAAGACUUUGAGUACUAAUGGUAGUGGGAGAAGCCACAGUGUUCCUACACCAGAGAGGCCACACCAAUGUGCUGAGUGUGGGCGUUGCUUCCGGCAGCGCUCUAUCCUUGCCAAACACCAGAAGAUCCACUCCGGUGAAAAGCCCUACCUUUGCACUUCUUGUGGCAAGCGAUUCAACCGCAGCUCUAACCUGGCGCAACACCAGCGUGUGCACACAGGUGAGCGCCCUUUCCCUUGCGCUGCCUGCGGCAAGGCCUUCACCCAAAAGUCUGACCUGGAGCGGCAUCAGCGUGUACAUACCGGCGAGCGCCCCUAUGCCUGCCAUGACUGCGGCAAGUGCUUCUCUGUCAGCUCCCACCUCGACAGGCACAGGCGCACCCACAGGCUCAAUCACCAGGAGGAGCCCCCUGCUGCCGCCCCAGCUGCCCACCGCUGUCCUGACUGCGGGAAGUGUUUUGGACAGCGAUCUGCGCUCUCUAAGCAUCGCAAGACUCACUCUGGAGAGCGCCCUUACCCGUGCAACGCCUGCGGCAAGCGUUUCAGCCGCAGCUCCAACCUGGCACAACACCAGCGCAUUCACACUGGUGAGCGCCCGUUCCCCUGUGGCGACUGCGGCAAACGGUUUAUCCAGCGCUCUGACCUGGAGCGGCACCAGCGGGUGCACACAGGUGAGCGUCCCUAUACCUGUGCGCAGUGUGGCCGGGGCUUCUCUGUGAGCUCCCAUCUUGACCGGCACCAGAGGGUCCACCAAGCCCAGGCUGCUGCUGCCGCUGCCCACCAUUGCCCUGAGCACAUUAAGGGAUUCCUUCUUGGCAUAGGAGGUAAACAGGUUCUUAAACACCAGCUGUACAGCAGCAAGGGACGUCUCACACGCAGUGGCCACUGCUUGGACUGUGGCAAAAGCUUGGGCAAAGUCCCACCACAGCCCUCAACACCACCGAUGGAGAAGCCCUUUAAAUGUGAGGAUUGUGGGAAAGCUUUUGCCCAGCGCUCAGCACUGGUGAAACACCAGCGUAUCCACACUGGGGAGAAGCCUUUCUCCUGUGUAGACUGCGGCAAGGCCUUCAUCCAGAAGUCAGACUUGACCAUCCACCGGCGCAUGCACACUGGGGAAAAGCCGUACCGCUGCGACGCCUGUGGCAAAUGCUUCAGUGUCAGCUCCAACCUGCUGACCCACCAGCGCACCCAUCUGGGCGAGAAGCCCUACGCUUGUGGGGAGUGUGGCAAAGCCUUCAUCCAGCGCUCGGAGCUCACCAUCCACCAGCGCAUCCACACCGGGGAGAAGCCCUAUAAGUGUGGCAUCUGUGCCAAAUGCUUCAGCCGCAGCUCCCACCUCAACCGCCACCAGCGCACCCAUGGCACCGACAAGGCCUCUGCCGGUGCUGGGGCCACCCACGCCACGUUGCUGGCUGCCAGCACUGCCAAACCUGCCACUCCUCUGCCCACCUCUCCUCUGCCUGCCUCGGCCUUCUCUGCUUCCUUUACACCCCCCAGCUCUCUCCCUGCUUUGCCUUCUUUCCCCUCUUCCAUCUCAUCCCUCCCUAUCCCCUCUAUGGAGCUACCCUGGUCUCUCUCCUUUCCAUCCCGUGGGUUUUCCCACUCGUCUUUCUCUUCUCCUUCCCCCAGCGGGGCUCAGGCUUCAUCUCUGAUAAACUAGGUUCUUCUCUUCCAACAUUGUCUCUCCAUUCCCUGCUCUGAUGCUCCAGCUCUCCCUUCUCAAUCUACUUGACUGUUAAAAUAAGCCCCACCUCAGCUUUCCUGUUGCAAUUGCUUUGGCCAUAGAAGCUUGAACAUACAUGAUCCACUCAUCUGGCAAACGUCACUCAUCACAGGCAAGCCUUCUUCCCAUUGGUGGUGACUUUGCAUGUGAUGAAUGACACUAUUGGAUAGAGCCAAUGAGGGAUGAGACUACACUGUGAGAACAAUCUUUGUCUGCCCUCUGGGCCUCAGCAUUCCUAAGUUACACAGUCAGCAGCCUUUGCCUUCUCAUGGAGGAAGGUCUUUUUACUAUGAAGGAGCAUUUAGAACUUGCACACGCACACCCCUCUGCAGUCUGAAAUGACAGAGGACAACAAAAGCUGAACGAGGGUCACAUUCACAUCAUACAUUUAAAAUGCUCUUAUACUGUACCACUGUAAGAGUCAUGGCUUCCCCCACAGAGCUACAGUUACCCUUAACAAACUACAGCUCCUGGGAUUCUUUGCAGGAAGCCAUCGCUCUUAAAGUGGUAUCACUGAUUUUAUUUUCCCUCCCUUUUGUUUUGUUUUGCGUGUUUAGUCCCCUUUUAAUAUCACUCCCCCAGAUUUCUUAACUAUUUUAAAUCUAUUUUAAUGUUUUGUUGUGUUUUUAUUGUGUGUGAUUUUAUUGUGAGCUACCCUGAGUGUCCUAUUUUAGGGGAGAAGGGCGGGAUAGAAAUAUUUUAAGUAAAUAAAAUAAGAGUGCUUCACGUAUAUAGUGGGAAUGUGACUUUGGGCUCUGUAAUCAUGAGAGUUGAUCAGUGACAUGGUGGACUCGCUACAGCAGGGGUGUGAAACCUGUGGUUCUCUAUAUGUUGUUACAUUGCAAAUCCCUAAUCUCUCACUAUUGGCCUUGCUGGCUGGGGCUGAUGGGAGCUGGCAUCCAACAACAUCCAGAGGGUCACAGGGUUAGCCAUUAUUUUCUUUAUUUUAUUUAACAAAAUGUAUAUAUCGCUGGAAUGUAAAAACCUGUAAGCAGUUUACAAAAUCAUUGCUCUGCUGCCAAUACACCCUUUUGUCCUGUUCCUCUCAGUCCUCCUGUUCACAAAAUAAUCCAACUUUUGCCAACUCGAUGCCCUCCAGAUGUUUUGAACAACAACUCUGCUGCUGAUGGGAACUGUAGUCCAACAGCAUCUGGAAGGCAACAGAUUGGCUAACCUAACCAGUGACCUAAAACAGAUGAGCCACCCCAUAACCCUCAUUCAUUCACCACCCUUUCUUCCACACAAUCAAGAAGACUAUUAAAAAUGUGAAAAGGAGGAGGGAUGGAAUAUUCUGUUUUUCUGAACUGCUUUUAAAGAACAGAAGUGGUGGUCCUCUGGCAUGUUGGCAAAUGUAAGUGUGUUCCUCAUUAAUCUGGUUAAGACUGGAGAGAGGUAUUAUAAUGUAGGCAAAGAGUGAAAGGAGGAAAUGGGGUGUGUUAAAAGGCAACCAAUGUAUAUUUAAGCUAUACCUUGGCAUCUGGAAUAGUGAUUCCAAGGGGCUUCAGCAUUUAUAAAGUUAGAAAGUGGUUUUUUAAAAAUCUAAAUUAAAUAAUCUGGAAUAAAAGACACCAAACACCCUCCUGGCAGUAGGGGGGACUUGCUUUCAAUCCUGGGGGUGGGUUAUACACAUUUGCUCCAACACUUAUAGUUUUCUUUUCCUACUCGCACUCUUCUGUCUCUUGCUGCAUACACAUGAUACAUUUAAGACAGAUGGCUUCCCCAAAGAAUCUUGGGAACUGUAGUUUAUCCCUCGCUGAGCUACAGUUGCCAGCACCCUUAACAAACUACAGUUCCCAGGAUUCUUUGGGGGAAGUCAUGUGCUUUCAAAGUUUGGUGUGUAUGCAGCCAUGUUCUCCUCUCCUUGAUUGUGCUGCUUCCAACUGUUCAUCUCUUUUGUUCCUCCAGCUCAAUUCUAUGCCUAUUUACUUGGAUGUAAUUCCCAAAGAGUUCAGUGGGUCUUCUCCCAUGUAAGGUGGGUUGGGGAACCUGCAGCCCUCCAGAUACUGUUGCAUUCCAACUCCCAUCAGCCCCAGCCAGCAUAGCCAGUAAUCAGGGAUGAUGGGAAUUGUAGCCAGACAACACCUGGCGUGCCACAGGUUCCCUAUUUCUAAAUAAAGGUUCAUAGAAUUGCACCCUUUGGCAUUUCUCUGUCUCUCUCUCAUUCCAGCACACCAACAGCUCAUCUGCAUUUGAUGCUGCUUCUUC